UAGAAAAGCUAUAUGUUUCUUCAAUUUAGUGACGUAAAUAAUUUUGAAAUGUUUCAAAUAAAUGAAAUUUUUUAAUAACAUCUUUGAAACCAAACAACUUAUGAGACCACCGGAUAACCAACCACACUGAAGCUCAAACAAGUGGACUGCCCACACAGCGCCUACUUGAUCUGGCCUUGGGCUUUAUGCUUUGAAACAUGGUAUUGACUGUAGUAUUGAAUUUUUGGCAGAAGAGCUGGUACACAGACAAUUAAAGGAUAAGUGGGUGGUGAAUUUUUCCAUGUCAACCUAAGAUUAGAGCGAGUUUGUAGGUGGUGUUAGUUUGGAGGUUGACGGUUGUGUUCUGUUUCAUCAUAAUUAGAGUGAUUCCAUUCAGGGGAAUAGAAGGACAGAAAAUAGGUGGAUGCGGUAAAUUAUAAAUUUUAAUAAUAAUCAGAGUGAAGAGUAGAGGAAGAAAAUAAAUAUGGGGCUUUGUCAUUUUUCCAAAGUUGGUGUUGUUUUCUGCUUUCUAUGUCAACUCUAUGUGAAAUUUUUCUUCAAAGGUUCCCAGUCCCUGAAUGUUUAAAGUGAAUUUUUUUCUAUUGAAGUGUGAAGAGCAGAAAUCUUAGUUUGGGGGAGUUGUCACGCAGAAAGCGUACUAGAUGGUGCAAUAAAGUAGUGUAAUGAAGGAUCUGUUUGUUUAUUAUUGCAUUCAGUGUCCCAAUCUCUACUCUCCUUGAAUUUCGAGGCAUGGAGUAAUUGUUCAUGAAUUCAAAACAGUGUUUUCUUAAUAGUAUAUACAGGCUUCAGGGAUUGCAUUUGAGACAUGGAAGAGGAAGAUUCGAGAGAAGGUUGGCCAGAGUAAUUCAUUGCUGCUAUUAUGGAGGUAGCCUUCUUUAGAGCAGCACCCACAAAGAGACCAUGGUCUUGGAAGGCUCUGCUUCUCAUUUUGAUGUUUGUUGCGUUGUUUGUUGUUGAUGGAAAGGAAGGAUCCUCUGAGUUCAAUGCUAAUUCUUCUGGGCUGGGGAAAUAUAACUCUACUCAUCCAUGGUCAAGGAGAAGCAGGAAACUGUCUAUGAUUCACAAGCAUUUAAGAAAAAUAAACAAACCUGCCAUCAAAAGCAUACAGAGUCCUGAUGGAGAUAUCAUAGACUGCAUUCACCUUCACAAGCAACCUGCAUUUGAUCACCCGCUACUUAAGAACCAUAAGGUUAAGGAUCUGCCAGAAAGACCUUCAAGGUUUCCUGGAAGGGUCAACGGAACAAAUUUUAGUAGUGUUCACCCUGCGCAGACAUGGCACCUUAGUGGAUAUUGUCCAGAAGGAACAAUUCCAGUGAGAAGAACAACAGAAGAAGAUCUGAUGAGAGCUGAAUCACCUCAGAAAUAUGGAAGGAAAUCACACGUGUCUAAAAGAUUUUCUCAGAAGCCUGAUGUUAUCAACGGAAAUGGGCAUGAGCAUGCAAUAGCCUAUGUCGAAGGAGAUGAAUACUAUGGUGCAAAGGCCACUAUAAAUGUGUGGUCACCAAAGAUUGAAACUAUGGGCGAGUUUAGCUUAUCACAGAUUUGGGUUCUUUCUGGAUCAUUUGAUGGAUGGGAUCUCAACAGCAUUGAAGCAGGCUGGCAGGUCAGCCCCGAACUGUAUGGUGACAGCAGGCCUAGGCUAUUCACUUAUUGGACGACUGAUUCAUACAAGGAAACUGGCUGCUACAAUCUUUUAUGUUCUGGCUUUGUGCAAACCAACAACAAGAUAGCAAUUGGUGCUGCCAUCUCGCCUGUUUCAAAGUUCUCUAGCACACAGUAUGAUAUCACCAUGCUCAUCUGGAAGGAUCCUAAACAGGGCAACUGGUGGAUGGAGUUUGCAGACAGCACAUUGGUGGGCUACUGGCCUUCUGAACUGUUUAGUCAUCUUGCAGAUCAUGCAAGCAUGGUGGAAUGGGGAGGCGAGGUGGUAAAUUCAGAGCCAGGAGGAAAGCAUACUUCUACUCAAAUGGGAAGUGGUCAUUUUGCAGAAGAAGGAUUUGGCAGAGCAAGUUACUUUCGGAAUAUAGAGCUAGUGGAUGCUGAUAAUAGCUUGAGACCUGUUGAUGCCAUGUCUACUUUAGCAGAGCACACCAACUGUUACAAUAUACAUAGUACCUAUAACAGUGAUUGGGGUAACCAUUUCUAUUUUGGUGGACCAGGGAGCAACUCAGGGUGUUCUUAGUAAACAACCUGUCUACUUUUUCAUAUUUUCUUUUGGAGGGACGAUGCCCUGAUACAUGGUUCACUAUAAAGGCUUCAAUACCUUAUACUAAGUUUAUGCAUCAAAAGCUUCCACAACUAGGUAGUCCACUAAUUCGUCCACUAAUUAGUUUAUCUUUGGAAGGACUAUAUCUAUCUGUAUACUAUUGUCUCUCAUUUCUAUUGUACCAUGCCAUUCUUGCGUAGGGAAUUGCACUUUGUCCUCUUCUCUGAGUAAUAUUAAUUUCUCCAUGUAAUAAGAUAUAAAAAUUUAUAGCUUACAGAAGUUUUUUUUGCAUAAAUCUCACUGCAACUUUUCUUCCA